CCUCGCGCGCGGGUGCUUGGAUGCAUCAUCUGCGAACAGGCUUGUUCGAUCUUUGCACAUUGCAAAAGCCCAGCAAAACAGCCCAGGACCACGGGCAUGGGCGCGCAUCAUCCAUGGUUAUUAAGCGCUCCCUGAUUGAGCAUGGCAAAUCUCGGGAUCAAUGCGUAGAUGGAAUGGAAAAGCAACAUGAGCUGCAGAAGAUAGUUGUGCUCGGUGUAUCCGCACACUCUCUGUACGGAUACAACAACUUCAUGCUUCCCUCCAGAGGCCCCAUUUGUUCUAGAAUACACUUAAAUAGCCAGCACCACCACAGGGCUGAAGUGGCCGUCAAGCAUCUGGAGUUUGUGCGUUGCAUAGAAAGAGUAUUCGCAGUGACAAGCAAAUUGCUUGCGACGGGGCGUCUCCUUGUUCGUUAUGCUGGCGGGUCCUGGCUUGUUUCGAUGGUUGCUGACGGGAAACCUUCCCCUCAUUUCCAAAGCAUGAGCUUCUAUCCGUACGAAUAGCCUACGACGCGGAGUAC